CUGCGGGAAUGAGGGCCUGUUCCUGAUAGAACAUGGGGAACUGCGGGAAUGAGGGGCUGUUCCUGAUAGAACAUGGGGAACUGCGGGAAUGAGGGGCUGUUCCUCAUAGAACAUGGGGCACUGCGGGAAUGAGGGGCUGUUCCUCAUAGAACAUGGGGCACUGCGGGAAUGAGGGGCUGUUCGUGAUAGAACAUGGGGAACUGCGGGAAUGAGGGGCUGUUCGUGAUAGAACAUGGGGAACUGCGGGAAUGAGGGGCUGUUCGUGAUAGAACAUGGGGCACUGCGGGAAUGAGGGGCUGUUCCUCAUAGAACAUGGGGCACUGCGGGAAUGAGGGGCUGUUCGUGAUAGAACAUGGGGAACUGCGGGAAUGAGGGGCUGUUCCUGAUAGAACAUGGGGCACCGAGGGGGACAGGGGCUGUUCCUGGUAGAACAUGGUGUGGAUAAAAAUAAAGGGUGCUAAUGGAAGGAAAAGUAGCAUUGUCCAGGGAGUUGCAGAACACCCGUGUAUAUGGAGAGUGUUGAGGGCUUUCCUAUGCCAGCAAGCUGAUCAGAAGCGUAACAUCCAUAGUGGUUAUUUUCCAACUCGUUUCUAGGUUUGUUAUAUACAACGUUAUAUAUUGUAUGUUUUAUGUAGCUGACUCUGUAGUCGCGCCUGCCCACAGGCCUGGCCCAGGAGCCGUGGGAGGAGCAGGCGGUGCCUCCUGCCUGGACGGAGGCGGCUGCUGCCCGACACGGACCGCGGCUCUGGAACCUAUGGAACAUCCGCCAGCCAUCUGGAGAGACGAGCAACGAGGCGUGAAAACAACCGGUUAAGUGAAGGCUGGAGAAACUGGACAUGUUUAAUCUAGAAGUGGAAUAGCAAAGCCGAGGAACUAGAAGUUUGUGUUAAUCUUAGAUAACAUGAAGAUGGAGGACUAUGAGAUAUUCUGUAGGAAGCAUCUUUCCAGACUCCAAGAAGAGGCAAUGAAAGGAGAAACCUCUUUGACUGUUCAGAACAAAAAUACCUCUCUCAUUCAAUUCUAUGGAGUCCCUGUGCUUUCCCCUGUGCUUAGCCUUGAAAAGAAAAAGGAAAUGCAGCAGUAUAAGGAGAAAGCACUGGACCUAGAGACCAGGAAACGGGAGUCCCGGAAAAAAGCAUUAUUGGAUCGUGUGCAGGAGAUUGUAGAAAAUGUCCAGAUGAAGAAAGGACCUAGCAUGAGUGACACGAACACAUUGAGGGCUGAGAGUUCUUGCCCUGAUUUGGAUUCAAAGGCUUUGACUGACAUCACAGCUCUAUCAGGUAUCAAUUCAUCAUGUUCUCCUGAAAGGCACAGUGCCACGGACCUGGAAAACAAACCAGAACUUAAACCAUCAGAUUCUGCAGGGCAAAUGACAUCAAAUGUGACAGAAGCAGUUAAAGCAGCAGAAGGAAAUGUUUCUUCAAAGCCAAGUGAGAGUCUCUUCUUGGAAGCCGCGCCGUGUGCAAGGGCUGCAUCUCCUGACAGGUUGUGUAACAAGCUCCCUUCUCAGGCUCUGCAGAAGCAGGAGGGACGAGUGGGGUCACCAUCAGAUGAGGAUGUCCAAGAUCCAUGUGUAAUGAGUCUUCAGAACCUGAUAAAGAAGUCUAGGGAGUACAUAGAGAAAGAGCAAAGCAAGCGUACCUCAAAAAGCAAUUCAAAGAGGAGUACGAGUGAAAGUCAUUCAGAUAAAGAAAAUGAUGGCGUUAAAACAACUGACUCUGUGAAAGAGAGGGCAAAGUUUACAGGUAGAAGUUGCACUGCUCAGACGCUUGAUAAACCCAGUCUUAAUAAAUCAAAUACCCUUGUCCAAGGUGCCUCUGCUCACACAAAUAACAUAAGUAUGUCCACUUUAUCCAGUUUCUCUAAAGUAGACAUACCUAUGAGAGUUGGAACGCCCCCUUUGGUGGAUUCAGAUUCAGAUGAGGAAUUGAAAAAGAAUUCUAUGUUUGAGCGUGACAGUAGCAUUGUCAGGAGCCUCACAGGCUCCUAUGCCAAAUUGCCAAGCCCAGAGCCAAGCAUGAGCCCUAAAAUGCACCGACGGCGCCCGAGGCCUUUAUCCAUGGGACACAUCAUUAUAAACAGCCCUGUAAGCGCUUAUGAGCUAAGUCCUAAAGGUAAGGGUAGAGCAAUGGAUUUAAUCAUGCAAGAUAUUGCAGAUAAAAACAAUGUGUCUGAAUCGGUUCCAAAGUUUAUGGCAGACUUUGCUACGGUUUGCCCUGGCAGAGUUCCUGGUGUGAGCAGGAAUUCUUCAGGCCCUAGUGAUGGGUUGGGGGUUGGCAAACCAAACCGCCAUUCCUUUGGGCUCUUUGAAAGCAGAGGGACAGUGUCAGCUACAGUGGAAGGACAGGUGGUGAUGGACAGCAGAGGCACUUAUAAAGUAGAGAGCAGUACCAGUAUGGCACCUCUAAAAGUGAAUGAGCCCUUUGCCAUCAGUCAGUCUGCAGUGACACAGAAGAUCCUGGCUGUGAAUGAAAUGAAACCAGCUGCUUUGCCAGGAAACACCAAAUGUAAUUCUCCAGUGGAACUCAACAAAUCUUAUGACGUGGAAAAUCCAUCUCCACUAUUAAUGCAGAGCAAGAAUGUGCGACAGCAGAUGGAUGAUACUCCAAGUGUUUCCUCAGCAAAUGAGCAGUUGCCAGAAAACUUUGAAAAGGUAAAACGUAGACUUGAUUUGGACACUGACAACUGCCAAAAAGAAAACAGUUCGUGUGCUCCAGGAGCUGGAAUGGAAGAACAAGAGAAGCAGUGGUUGCAAGAACAGAAAUACCCUGUGGGAUCAGUUUACAUUACCAAGAAUGCAGUCCUUGAAAAUAUGGCAAAAGAAGAUAUUUUAAAAACGAAAAUGCUGGCCUUUGAAGAAAUGAGAAAGAGACUUGAAGAACAGCAUGCACAACAACUGUCGAUUCUGAUAGCUGAACAAAAGAGAGAACAGGAGAAAUUGCACAAGGAACUGGAAGAGCGGGAGAGAAAGUGGAAAGGAAAGAAUGUUACUACAACGGAAAUAGAAAUUUCCAAAGUGAAUAUUAACAGUAGGAUGGAGUUGGAGUGGAGAAAAAAAAGUGAAAGUGGCUUGCUGGAAAGUGUGCAGUCUCAGCUGGAGACAGUCCAUAACACAAAUUCCACCAGCAUUGGUUUUGCUCAUACAGCUCCCAACACCUUUUCUUCUACAAGUGAAACUUCAUUCUAUCUCUGGGGACCAUCAGGUAGUGGAGUUAUAAAAACCUCAGUAUGCAGGCCAAGUAAUAGGAUCAAAACUAGGUGGAGUCAGGUUUUCAGUCCUGAGAUACAAAUGAAAUUCGACAAGAUCACUGCAGUGGCAAAGGGAUUUCUCACUCGUAGACUCCUGCAGACAGAGAAACUGAAACAUCUUAAACAAACUGUAAAAGAUACUCAAGAGUUCAUAAAAAAUUUUCAGUCUGAAGCCCCAUUGAAAAGAGGAAGUGUGUCAGCACAAGAUGCAUCCCUUCAUGAAAGAGUAAUGGCUCAGCUGCGAGCUGCUCUGUAUGACAUCCAUGACAUCUUUUUCACAAUGGAGGCAUCGGAGAGAAUGAAUAUUCUGCGUCACGAUCGUGAAGUUCGUAAAGAGAAGAUGCUCAGGCAAAUGGAUAAAAUAAAGAGCCCAAGAGAGCGAGUGACACUUUCAACUGCUACGCAGAAAUCUCUGGACAGGAAAAAGUACAUGAAGGCUUCAGAAAUGGGAAUACCAAGUAAAAAAAUAAUCAUCAAACAAAAAACUCCUGAAAACCGCAUACUUCAACCAAACCAAGGACAGAAUGCCCCAGUUCACAGACUGCUUUGCAGACAAGGAACCCCUAAGGCCACAGUGAAUGGGGUUGAGCAAAAUAGAAGGAAGGCCUCAGGGAGCAGAGUGUCUAACAAGCCUGUUAAAGGAGCAUAUGCAGGAAGAACCCAAAGAAAGAAGCCAAAUGUUGUGACAAUUUGAGGAGACAGCAUUCACUGGGAUAAAACAGCUGUGUUUUAAUGAUGGCAUUCUCAGCACUGUUUUUUAAUAUUGCAUCUUCUUUAC